AGGAGAUGUGCCUGCAGUUUGUGACUGCAAAUGCAAGAUUUUUUCUUUUCCAAAUUCAAGGCCAACAGAAACAAAGGGCUGUUGAUGUGAGACAUGGAGAGGAGCCACACACCCAGACAGAGGAGCAGAGUUGUUGGCGGAGCAGGGGCUGAUCUGUGCUCCAGACACAGCAGUCCUCUCAACACUUACUGCUGCACAGACGAGCAGGUCAUCUGUGCAAUCUGUGCUUCCUCAGAGCACAUGGGACACACCAUUGGCCUGGUGAGAGAGGAGCGCAGGAGGAAACAGGAUGAAGUGAGAACACUAAAGCGGAGAUACCAGGAGCUCCUGCAUGAGAAUACAAAGGCCCAGGUUCAGAAAAAGGCCCGAGAGACAGAAGACUUCUGUGAGGCUGUACUGACCAGAGUCAUUGACCUUCUGCAGACCCAUUACAUGUCCCUACGGCAGUGGGUCCAAGACCAAGAGAGGGCAGCACUGAACACAGUGCUGAAGCAGGGGUCUGUGGAUGUGUCACAGCUUGACCGCCUGACUCACACUGACAGUGAUGUCCACUUCCUCCAGGAUUGGCCUUCUGUCCAUCAGCGCUGUGAGAAAGACCUCACAGAGUUCACAGACAGUCUAUACCUGCCCUUUGAGUUGCUACAAAGUGCUGUCGACUCUCUUGGGGAUCAGCUGAAGGAGUUCUGCAACAAAAGAUUUAUUGCAAUAACAAAUGCCAAUGGAUCUGACCGUCAGGUAUUGGGGACAGAGAAAGAUGAUGUUCAGCAAUCUGAUAUAGAUUCUCAUGAUGUUGAUGAAGUUACCCAUACAGUGGUUGCAAACAUCACAACCAGGGCACACUUUUUACAAUAUGCCUGCGACCUCAGGUUAGACCCCAACACAGCUCAUGAGGACCUGCUUGUGUCCAGAGAUCUCAAAGAGGUGAAAUGGGCUCCCAAGAAUGCGCGGGGUCCUGCUGUGCGUUACCCUGAGCGCUUCCUUAGGAGGCGGCAGCUGUUGUGCAAAGAGGGGCUGCAGGCUGACCGGUGCUAUUAUGAAAUUGAAAUUACCGGGGGAAAAUCUGAGAUUGCUCUGGCUUAUAAAGCCUUAGACCGAAAGUCCUUUAAAAAGUCUGCUUUUGGUGAGAAUGCCAACUCCUGGAGCCUGGACUGUACCCCUACACACUACUCUGUGAGCCACAACGGGGAGAGUGUACAGCUCACCUCUGUCCCGGAGCACAAUCGUAUUGGUGUGUACCUGAAGUUCAGAGAGGGGACUGUGUCCUUCUAUGAGGUCUCUGACACCAUGAAGUUUCUCUACACUAAGGAGGGCAACUUUGGGGAACCACUGUAUCCAGGAUUCUGGAUCGAGGAGAACUGUUGCAUAAAGAUCUGUGACCUUACAAAUGACUCAGGUCAGUCUUAAUGAAGAUGAGAGUGGCCAAAACCUUCUGGAGGAAGAUACUCUAGACAAAACUAAUGUAAGUUUACAAUCCACCUCAUUUUUUUUUUUCUUUUUUGGCCAGAUAUAUUUUUUUGUACAUUACUGAACAAUACACAUUGUUAGAAAGGAAUAAUUUGCAAAGGCAAUUUGACGAAAUCAUGUACCAGCACAUAAAUACCUUUAAUGAAAAUGUUACAUUACACAUUAUUACAGUAUAUAGCAAUGAUUUUUUACAUAAUUUUAUAAUAAUUCUAUGAAACACUUUUUAUCAUUACAGUGUCGGUGUCAUUACUUUAGAGUUUUUAUUGAAACUAAUUGACACGAGCAUUAUUAUAUAUAACACACAGUUUUAUUAUAUUCAUUUAUAAUAAUACAUCAACUAGUGCUGGACAAACCACAAAAUGCACAUAAGGACCCUCACCGCCAGCUCACAUGACUCAUGUGAGAUACACAAGGAUUCUUAAAAAUUCUAUAUUGAUCCCAUAGUAAUAUCCCUGUGAGAAUGUGGCUACUUUAAACUCACAUUCAGUUAUACAGACCCUGACAGCCCUGCUUUGUGUACUGUUCAGUUCACAAUGGACAAACGAUACUGAAUUGUUCAGGAUCAAAUUACACAUUGUAGUAUUUACAAGAUAUACAUUAUUUACACAAAGUUUUUAGUACACACUUUUACAUAGACAAAAGUUAUUUUGAUAAUUAAAGCUCAAGAUUAAGUUCACUGUGCAAACUUUAAACUGUAGCAGUAUUAUUUCACUUGAAAGAUAAACUAAUACAAUUAUUGCAUGCAAGUGACCUGCACCUGAAGUAGAGGACCAAUUUGCUAACUUAAUUAUUUAAUGUUUAUUUAUUCAGUUUUGUAAAUAUUGCUGUAAACCGUUUUUUUUGCAUUGUUGCAUGGGUUUGUCUGCACUGCAAACAAGAGACAAAACGUACUUAAAAUAUUUUGUCCUGGAUGAUAUGCUUAAGAAUAUGUGGCUGCUGUAUCUGUCCUUCAAAGAAGAUACAGCUGAAUUAUAAUCAAGCAGGCCAUAAAAUGCACAAUAGUGACACGACAAAGUUCAGAAAAAGGACACAUCUCCCAGUGCGACAGGUCUUUAUAUACAGUCUAUGGUCCAAAUACACAGCUACAUUAUAGAUCUAUAUACAGUACAUACAGAAUGUACAAGUGCACAGUACAGAUACAUAUGUUACAUAGAAGAGGUAAAAGAAUAUAGCCCUAUGCCUUUUAAAUGUGAAGAUGAGGGGAAAAAAAUGACUCCACUUAAAUUUAAGUGUGAUAUGCAUCACGAUAUUCUGAAGAUGGAUAUUGCUCAUGUUAUUUCUAAAAAAAAAAAAAAAAGCCCAGAUCAGACUUAAGUGCCAUCAUUUGUGUCAUUCAAUAUAUUUAAACAAUGUCUUUGUUAGCUGCACUGAAAGAAGGCAUAGGCUCCAGCUAUGUGUAG